AAACUUAACUAGGUUCUCGUUUGCUUGAAUGGAAAAAUUCUAAAUGUAGUUUAAUUAUGUAGCAUGUGGGAACAUUUGCAGCCACCAAACUCUUAAAAGCAAUCAUACAUAGUUGGAAAGCAUGCACACCAAUCCGUGUAUACAUGACAAGCAAAGCAUUGAGAGAUGCAAGACAAAGUGCAAGUCCCAAUUUGAUUAAGGAUAGGUUUGAUUUGGAUUACUUACCAUACAAAUUCAAGACUUUCAGUUAAACUGGCUUUAGAGCAAUUGAAAUUACCAGCCAGUCCUAAUCUCAGAAGCAUUUUUGAAACCUAAAAGCUACUCAUAAAAUUGACAAGAAUUGAGCAUUUUAGAAUCAAUUGUAAAAGAAUUUUCAAAUGUGGACCUAUCUUACAUGAAAUUAACAGGAAGAAUAAAAUUGACACCUCUUAAGCAUUGAUAUCUACUAAAGUUUUGUACAUACCUCAUUUUCACCCCCUAAUUAGAGUGAGAAAGAAAUAAAAGAUAAAAAAAAGACAUAUAAUAUGUGAUGUGAUGAGAAUAGAAGAGAUAUUUAAAAAAAGAAAAAUGUGGAAAACAAAGAAAUUAUGAAUAAAUCAAAGUCAUGAAUAUCAUGAGGGUUGGAUGGAAGAGUUGCCUAGCUUCUUUAAUUCCUAGUUAGCUUCCCCAUCUUGAAUUCCUCUCACCUUCAAGUUUCUAUAAAUUGUUUUUACAAUAAUUUUAUAAGGUUAAACCAUCCAAUAAUGAUUGUUGUACAUAUGAGAAUCAUGUUAUACAAUUGACAUACGUGUUUAGCGGCGGUUGAAAACCCUCGUCAAUUGCGUAUGUCAAUUAUAUAUCUGAAAUUCUUAGGAUCUACGUAUCAUUACUUUAAAUUAUAAAUAAUCAAAAUAAAACAUUUCUCAUCAAAAUAACAUACAAAGGGAAAAUUAAAAAUUAUGUGUCUGUUGUUGAAGUUAACUCUAUUUUUUUCUCUUUUGAAGGAAAGAAAUUUGUAAGAUUUUUUUAUGCACAUAACCUUGAACACCUUAUUCAUCAAACGCCUUAUGUGCAUGCUUGUGACUUCAGUCAAGGAUCAGAAGAAACCCAUUUCUUGCUCCUCCAGAGCUGGUUUUCAGUUCCAUGUUGGAUGUAUUCACCAUUUGGAGUCACAACAAGUGUGCACAUAACGUGUUUGAUGAAAUUCUGAAAUGAAAUUCAAGAUGCUCAACUCUGCUUGGAAACUCUGCUGUCUGCGAAAAACGAGAACCCGGAAUUUCCAACUACUUUCAGCAUCCCUCUGCUCCACAUUGCAGCCAAUAUCUGCACCUCCCCAUUUGCAAGAGCUCUGUGGCAUUGUCACGAGCAAUGUCGGUGGGCUAGAUGAUCUGGAGUUAAGUCUGAAUAAGUUCAAGGGUUCUUUAACUUCGUCUCUUGUAGCUCAGGCUAUUGAAUCGAGUAAACACGAGGCGCAGACUAGAAGACUACUCAGGUUCUUCUUAUGGUCUAGUAAGAAUUUGCGUCAUGACUUGGAGGACAAUGAUUAUAAUUAUGCUUUGAGAGUUUUUGCUGAAAAGCAAGACUACACAUCAAUGGAUAUCUUGAUUGGAGAUCUCAAGAAGGAGGGUCGAGUCAUGGAUGCCCAGACUUUUGGUCUUGUAGCUGAGAAUUUGAUUAAACUGGGAAAAGAAGAUGAGGCAUUGGGUAUUUUCAAGAACCUGGAUAAGUAUAAGUGCUCUACUAAUGAAUUCACAGUUACUGCUAUUAUUAAUGCCCUUUGCUCUAAAGGCCAUGCUAAGAGAGCUGAAGGGGUAGUUUUACACCACAAAGACAAGAUUACAGGCGCGCUACCUUGCAUAUAUAGAAGUCUUCUUUAUGGGUGGUCAGUGCAUAGGAAUGUGAAGGAAGCUAGGAGAAUUAUUAAAGAAAUGAAAUCAAAUGGUGUUAUCCCAGACUUAGUUUGCUACAACACAUUCCUCAGGUGCCUUUGUGAACGGAAUCUUAGACAUAAUCCUUCAGGACUUGUGCCUGAAACUCUAAAUGUGAUGAUGGAAAUGAGGUCCCAUAAGGUUUUCCCGACCUCAAUCAGUUAUAACAUAUUGCUUUCUUGUCUAGGAAAGACCAGAAGAGUUAAGGAAUCUUGUCAAAUACUUGAAGCGAUGAAAACUUCUGGUGUCUCUCCAGAUUGGGUAAGCUAUUAUCUUGUCGUAAGGGUGUUGUUUCUGAGUGGCAGAUUUGGUAAAGGGAAAGAGAUCGUAGAUCAAAUGAUUGGGAAAGGUUUGGUACCAAACCAUAAGUUUUACUUCAGUUUGAUUGGUAUUCUCUGUGGGGUUGAAAGGGUUAAUCAUGCUCUUGAAUUGUUUGAGAAAAUGAAGAGUAGCUCAUUGGGAGGUUAUGGACCGGUUUAUGAUGUGCUCAUUCCAAAGCUUUGUAGAGGGGGAGAUUUCGAAAAGGGAAGAGAACUUUGGGACGAAGCCACAAGUAUGGGCAUCACUCUUCAGUGCUCAAAGGAUAUUUUGGAUCCUUCAAUUACAGAAGUUUUCAAACCUGUAAGGCCUGAAAAAAUCAGCCUUGCAGACAGCCCAAUAGCUAAGUCUCCAAAGAAAGCUAAAAAGUUAUUAGGGAAAGUGAAGAUGAGAAAAAAACCUACUGCAGUGAAGAAGAAAAAGAAGCGACAAAAAAAAUCUGGAGCAACUUAAUUCGCAAGACAGUUAGUAGGACAGAGUCACAGACAGUCUCUCGUGGCAGUAAUUAGUAUAAAAUGGAGUUUCUGAGAGAGCUAGAGCAAGAUUUGAAACCCUUCACAUGGGCCAUUGCAGAUGCAAGUUAAGGAUAGGAAAGAGACAAGGGUAAUAUACCAAUAUGGGGAUAUUGUGGGCACCCUUUGUCUGUUGGGCAUUUCUCACCCACGUUGCCAGUUGUUUCUCUCCGAUGCAUGAGUGUACUAUUGUUUAUUCCUGUGGAAGUGGAGUGUACGCGCUUCCUAUUGGCCUGCUUGUUGAUGUUGAUGUUCAUGGUGUUUCCUAGAAGAUGCUAUCAUUAGAUGAAUUAAAGAACGCGUUCAAUUUAUAUAGCAAAUCAACUGCGAAUUAAGCGCAUAACAUACCAGAGACAACAAGGUUCCAUUGCCAGAACGGCCAAAGCUGGAUUAUGCGUUGAUCAGAUGUAAAUACGUGGAACACACUCUAAUAUUAAAACAUGUAAAUACGUGGGAUUGACUUCUCCACUUUCAGCUGAAUCUUUUUUUGUCUGAAAAUAUAUAUGGGCGGUUCGGGCUUAUGUUUUUUAGCAGACAUUCAAUCAACAUAUACCUCUAAAUUUACACCUCGAAACCGUGUAUUGGUUGAAUGUACAAUCGGCAUGCAUUUUUAACCAAAUUUUUUUCAUCUAUAUUCUCUUGUAUAUAAAGACUGAAAAUAAUCAAA